AUGAGGGAAGGCUGGCUUCUGACGUGGCUGCUGACGCCUAUGACUAGGACAUUGACGUGUACAACACUGCCAAUCAGAAACGAUGAGAUUGAGCAUGUGAUCGACAAGGAUCUUUCUCGGGUAUACCCGGAGAACGGUAGUUUAAGGAAAAUCCUAAAGAUCAUGAAUAGGAAAAUGCCUUCUCUUGCUCUCUUGUUCUUCCAGGUGCUCAGCCUUGCAUGCCAGGUAGUGUGGUCCCAAAGCUGUGAACAAAUGAGGAUUAUGGUACCGGCCUACUUCGAUCCUUCUUCAAAUUCCCAGGCAUGGUCUUCUCUCAAUUCUGCUGCCACCACGCUACCAAACCGGGUCGUAGCAAUCGCAAAUCCGUCCAAUGGUCCAGGCUCUGCAGCUCAAUCAAGCUACCAGAAUGUUAUUACAGCCCUCCAGCGCCAAACAGGCCUGGUUAUCGGCUAUGUCUCGACUAAUUACAGCAACCGAGCUUCCAAUUUGGUCCAAGACGACGUCGAUACGUGGUACCGCUUCUAUCCAACUAUCAAUGGAAUUUUCUUCGACGAAGUUGCCAACACAGACGGGGAGCAGCCUUACUAUCAAAGCCUCUACAACUACGUGAAGUCCAAGAAUUCGAGCUCUCUAGUGGUUAAUAAUCCCGGAGCUCCAACCCUGGAGACAUACCUCUUCUAUAAUGGUUCUCGGGUAGCCGAUGUGAUUUGUAUUUUUGAGAGCGGUGUUGGUGGGCUGUCUAUGACUCAGAGUUCCUGGACGAGCAAGUAUUCGAGGUAUAACUUUUAUGCCCUGUUCUACAAUGUCACGGAUGUGAAUGUGUCAAGUUUUGACUAUGGAGAUGUUAUUGAUCGUGCUUACCAGCAGAAUGUGGGCUGGGUUUAUGUGACCAAUGAUAAUCUUCCAAAUCCGUGGGACACCAUAGCCAGCUACUUCUCUGGAGAGGUGGACUAUAUUAAAAAUGAUAAUCAGUGCUAA